UUUCUCUGUGAAUUCUCUAAAGAAAAAACUAUGAGGAGACACGCGAGAAGAAGUUCGGGCGCGGAGUGAACAAUGCCGCCAUCAUAGCCACAAAAAUGUGGCGGGGACCCAGAGGGACAUCCCCCGCGUCAGAGGCGGGUUUUUCCCCGUGCCCUCUUCCGGCGCCCGGCGCGCCAGAUGCGCACAAGCUCGUCCGUUUUUGGAGGAUUGUUUGGUCACACUGGCCGACGAAAAGCGACAUAUGGCGGGAAGACCGUGUGUGGAGAGACUGGCAUGGACCACAGCCAAAAGGGCAGAGGAAAAUGGAAGGAAAAUACCGGCAAAACGAGCCUUCAGCGGAGGAAAACCUCCUCAUUAGGCGUUGCUCCUACCUUCGGCGACCGUGGGGGAGGGGCCAGGCCGCAGGCGCUGCACGACAGAGCGACGGUGCCACUUGCCGUCUCCAGGUCGUGGUCAAAUUCUGCUAGAGCACGAUCCCUCCAACCGGUUUUCCGACGCCGCGGCCCUUUCCUCGUAUUUUCCUUUUAUCGCCGUGUUCCCGCCACUGUUUGUUUUUGCUCAGGUUUCUCCACUUCCCGCCUC